ACUACCUUGGAGUCCAUGCAUGGGUGGAACGUUAGGGCUGUUGUCGGAUACAUAAAGAUUCCGGCAACCCGAGAACGAACAUCCAUUGGUCUAUUGGUCUGCGCCUGUAUCUUUGUUUGAAGACCUUCAUUCAACUCCCUAGCUUCGGGUUUCAAUUUCGAAAAUGGGCUCAUUUCAUGCUCUCGGCACAAAUCUGCUUCUCACGUAUCCACGCACAACUGUGCUGGGCACGACGAUAUCGUUGGUCUUCAUCUACAUUGCAUACCAACUAGUAUGGCAUCCUGUGGCAAGAUUUCCCGGGCCGCGGUUAGCAGCCCUAAGCAAUGUAUGGCGGUUUAUUCAUCAAGAAGAAAUGGCUGCACUGUUGCCUCGCCUUCACGAACAAUACAAGUCUCCGAUCAUUCGCAUCGGUCCGAACCAUUUACACGUCGGGGAUUCGCGGCAUCACCAUGACAUAUAUCGCAACCAGAACAAGAUCCUCAAGGAUCCAGCUUUCUACCUCCGCAUGGGUCUCGCGGGCUCAAUUGUGUCCGAAACAGACCCACGCCGGCAUCAAGCAUUGGCCGCGCUCAUGACACCAGUUUUGAAUCAGAAGGCGAUUGAUCAACGUUUCGAUAUCCUGGUCUCCAAGGCCGAUAUGACAGGUCGCGCCAUUUACGAUGCUGUCGAGCGGGAUGAGCCUGUCGGCGUCCAGAAGCUUUUCGCCCGAGCGACGUGGGACAUCAUCUCCAUCAUCUGUCUAGGCACUGAUCCCCGACUCACUGAUAAUUUCCGGGAGAAAGCGCUCGUCUUGGAUGAAAUUGAAAUGUUCAUGAAGACUAUAAAAUAUGUCACUUUGAUCCCCGGCUUGUGCGAUCUUGUGCUUGUCCUACCAGAGUGGCUCAUUGGUCCUGUGCUCUCAGGCUACGCACGAUUCCGAAAGCGAACGGUCAACUUGGCACUUGAGGCUGCUAAGAACUUCCUUGCUCGUGGCUCAAGCGGCGACUCGGAGCAGCAAUCAAUCAUUGACAGGCUCGUCGAACCCCAUCUAUCGAAGGAUGUUGAUCUAGAGACCAAUCUCAAAGCACUUCCCCUCACAGAGAUUGUGGGACAUUCAUACGUGCUGCUACUUGCCGGCACAGAGACUACCGCCUUGACUUUGACAGGGAUCAUGUAUCAUCUCUGCAAGCAUACCGAAUAUAAACGCCAGAUCCGAAAGGAGCUCCGUGAGCUUGGAGAUCCGGAUGGCCCUGAGUACCCGUGGGAGAAAGCUGUCCGCACCCCUUCCCUGGACAACUUCGCGAAAGAAGGUUUGCGAAUGGGUAGCCCCGUCACCGCCGUCCUCCCGCGCGUAACGCCUAGGGACGGAGCACGAAUCGGAGACGAUCACAUUCCAGCCAACGUUGUCGUCGGUGGUAACAUCGGCAUGGCCAAUCAUGACCCAGCAAUCUUCAGUGAGCCAAAUCGCUUCGCGCCCGAGCGCUGGGAAGGCGAGGCUGGAAAGUCUUUGAACCAGCACAUGGUCUCGUAUACCGAGGGCUCCCGCCGCUGCAUUGGCAGAAGUUUGGCCGAUAUUCAAAUCCGUCUCAUCCUCGCGAAACUGGUGCUCGCCUUCGAUUUCGAUUUGGAUAACCCAACCUGGGACAUUGAUGAUUGGGAGGAUCGCUCUACCAAGGCGUUCAGGACGCCUUUAAUGUUGAGGGCUAGCAAAAUUAACUCCCACGCAUGAACGUACUGCGGCGAUCCAUUAGAAGGGGACAGCCACCAUCGCGUACUAGAAAGCGCUUUUCUUGGGUGAUUGUAUGCAUAGGCUUUCUCGUAACCACGAACUUCCUCAUCACAC